GUCAGGCCUGUGGUUGCAGACGUCGAUACGGAGAAUGGCCGGCAAGAACAACCUGGCGCUGGGCGUUGAGGCCCCCGACCGAUCCCGGGGGCGGCCGAUUUUUACGGCGGAGCAACUGGCCCAAAUUGAAGAAAGGAACAGACAAGCCAGAAAGGAGGGAGACGAUGCGCUCACUAAAACUCUCUCAGUUUUCUACUGCAAGUUACUCGUAGUUUUGGGCAUAGCUUUUCCAGUGACGGAAGCCCUCGCUCCUGAAAUUGCAACGAAUAUUGCCUAUGAGGCCUUUUACCUCUUUUUGUACGGGGGCAGUGUCGCUUAUGUCCUUUACAUGUACACGACCCUAACGAGGGACGAGACCGAGGAGGAGACGCCACUCAAUCCAUCAGUCCUGACCGUCCCACUGCGAACCCCAGCCAGUGAAUCGAGCGCAUCUAUCACAAGAAAUCGAAGGAGGAGCAGUUUGUUUGGAAUAGAAAUUGCUCCGACCUGGCGACAGGCCCCGGAGGCGAAGAUUGCCGGGCAGGAGCACGUGCGAUAUGGAAGUUUCUAUUUGCGACUUGGAGUGGCUGCCUUUGGGAUUGGAAGUAUGAUUUAUUCCGCACUGGAGUUUGGUCAGUUUUUCGAGCUGAGAAAAAUCGACCAAUGCAGAAAUUUCUUCCUGGCACUCUCUCCGCUAUGUCGAAUCGCUUUCGUGCUAAUUCAGAUGCUGUUCAUUUUCGCCAAUAACAAGCUGAUGGAAAUCUACAGGUAUAAAGUGAUCGCAAAGUUUGGUCUGAUGCACAUGAUCGCGACCAAUUUGUGCGAGUGGCUUUAUGUGCUGAUUGAGGAGACCAAAAGCGACAUUUAUAACAUCAACAGGGUGACGCACCACUCUCGGCACGACUCGACGGAGGACGAAGAUGAUUCGACGUUCGAGCGGAGUUUGUGGUACGAAGACGACGAGUUUUUACUCAACCGAAGCCUGACGUCGCACGAGUGCUAUAAAACCAACAUCAUGGGCAAUCUGCUCAAAGAAACUAGCCCCUACUUAUUCCCCUGCACUGUCGAGUAUUCUCUGCUGUGCGCGGUCAUUCUGGCUGUCAUGUGGAAAAAUGUGUGCGGACGAGCUUCGAAAAACCCGUCGCGGCCGAGAGAGAGCGGACUCAACUUGAUUUACAGCCGCUCAAUGAACCAAUUUUCCGUGGACUGCGCCAGUGCGUACAAAGGUCUCUUCGUCGGUAUUGUGCUUGCAGUAAUCACCAUCAUGUCGCUCAUCAUGUUCUUCGAGCUCGUCUAUUUGCCCGGCUUUUCUUACGCAGCGGUCAUCCAAAUAAACAUCUUGGAAUGCGCCUUGUUCUUCUCUGGAACGGUCGCUUCACUUAUUCUGAUGGUCAAGAUCCAGAGAAUUAGUAUUUCGAUGAAUGCUGGACGAUUUGAGUUGGAGCACAUUUUGCUGGUAGUAACGCAAUCUGGCGUAUUUUUGUACUCCAUGUUCCAGGUAAUAGGAUCAAUAUUCUCGGCAGACUUUGAAGAGUUAGAAAUAAUAUCAGUGAUCAACAUCGUCCUGCCGAUCGGCGCCAUCGUCCAAAGUGCCUGCCAAACGCUUGUUCUUUUGGACGCCUCUCGUCGCAGGUGCGACUCGCCGGGCCAAGUGAAAGAAAAGCCCGGCAGACAACUGGUUACUUUCCUGCUGGUGACCAACCUCGCGAUCUGGGCGCUAAACCGACUGAAAAACGGAAGGAUGGAGUUCAAACCGUCGCAAAUCGACUUUUACGGACAUUGGUCUUGGGCGGUGAUCACGCACGUCUGCGUUCCACUUGUCGUUUGCUACAGAUUUCAAUCUACAGUUUGUCUGUACGAAGUUUGGAAGCGAGUUUAUAAAUUAAAGCCUGCUAUUAUUUGAAAAUAAUUGUGCAUU